AGCCCGUACGUACACAAAAAAACAACGUCAAUUUAAUAAUUGUCAAAUUCUUAACUAGUUCGAGGUUGUUCGUCUGUGGUUAUUUUUUUUGAAAGGUCAGGAUUAACCUGUGGUUCAGUUUCUAAAACUGGAACUCAGAGCCGUCAAGUAAAGUCAAUUAAAGAAAUCAAAGUUUGUUUUGAAACAUUGCAAACUUUAUUCGCCGGUUUUUGAGUGAUAUUUUUCAAGAUUUCUUCGCAAAUAGAAGAAAAAAUGAAAGAAAAUACUGGAGAAAUAGACUCAAAGAAUGUGGUUAAAAACAGGGAGCUGCUAUAUCGCAUGAUUAUAAGCCAGCUGUACUACGAUGGGUUCCAGCCCAUCGCAGCCACUCUGUCUGCGGCCGUGCACGCUGACCCGCCGUGCCCUCCCAGUGAUAGGCUGCUGAACCUAAUGAUGGUGGGGCUGCAGCACGAGCCGGACCGGAAGGACCGACUGGCUGCCUCCAGCGGGGCGGAGCAUCUCCUCGGCACCACUGGCUUUGAUCUCGAGUACGAGAUGGACGCGUCGUCGCUGGCGCCGGAGCCGGCGACGUACGAGACGGCGUACGUGACGUCACACAAGAUGUCGUGCCGCGCCGGCGCCUUCAGCGCGUGCGGCCAGCUCGUCGCCACCGGCAGCGUCGACGCCAGCAUCAAAAUAUUGGACGUGGAGCGAAUGUUGGCCAAGUCAGCGCCCGAGGAGGUGGACCCCGGCAGAGAGCAGCAGGGACAUCCCGUCAUUAGGACCCUGUACGACCACACGGACGAGAUCACAGCGCUGGACUUCCACCCGCGCGAGCAGAUCCUGGUGUCGGCGUCCCGGGACUGCUGCAUCAAGCUGUUCGACAUCACCAAGGCGUCCGCUAAGAAGGCUUAUAAAUCCAUCACGGACGCCGAGCAAGUGCUGUGCGUGGCGUUCCACCCGCUGGGAGACCACAUCAUCGCGUCCACCACGCACCCCGUCAUCCGGCUGUACGACGUCACCACCAGCCAGUGCUUCGUGUGCCCCGUGCCCGCGCACCACCACACCAAGCAGGUCAACUCCAUCCGGUUCUCCCCCAACGGCAAGUACUUCGCCAGCGGCAGCGCGGACGGCAGCAUCAAGCUGUGGGACACGGUGUCCAACCGCUGCUUCAACACGCUCGCGCACGCGCACGACGGCGCCGACGUCUGCUCCGUCACCUUCACCAGGAACAGCAAGUAUUUAUUAUCUUCUGGGAUGGACUCGUCGAUCAAACUGUGGGAACUAGCGAGCAGUAGAUGUCUGAUACAUUAUACGGGAGCUGGGACUACGGGUAAACAAGACAACCACGCGCAAGCGAUAUUCAACCACACGGAAGACUACAUCAUGUUCCCCGACGAGGCGACCACGUCGCUGUGCACGUGGCACUCGCGCAGCGCCAGCCGCUGCCAGCUCAUGUCGCUGGGGCACAACGGGGCAGUCAGGUAAUCACAGCACUCGUGGGGCACAACGGUACUUGGGGACUACAUCAUGUUCCCCGACGAGGCGACCACGUCGCUGUGCACGUGGCACUCGCGUAGCGCCAGCCGCUGCCAGCUCAUGUCGCUGGGGCACAACGGGGCAGUCAGGUAAUCACAGCACUCGUGGGGCACAACGGUACUUGGGGACUACAUCAUGUUCCCCGACGAGGUGACCACGUCGCUGUGCACGUGGCACUCGCGCAGCGCCAGCCGCAGCCAGCUCAUGUCGCUGGGGCACAACGGGGCAGCCAGGUAAUCACAGCACUCGUGGGGCACAACGGUACUUGGGGACUACAUCAUGUUCCCCGACGAGGCGACCACGUCGCUGUGCACGUGGCACUCGCGUAGCGCCAGCCGCUGCCAGCUCAUGUCGCUGGGGCACAACGGGGCAGUCAGGUAAUCACAGCACUCGUGGGGCACAACGGUACUUGGGGACUACAUCAUGUUCCCCGACGAGGCGACCACGUCGCUGUGCACGUGGCACUCGCGCAGCGCCAGCCGCUGCCAGCUCAUGUCGCUGGGGCACAACGGGGCAGUCAGGUAAUCACAGCACUCGUGGGGCACAACGGUACUUGGGGACUACAUCAUGUUCCCCGACGAGGCGACCACGUCGCUGUGCACGUGGCACUCGCGCAGCGCCAGCCGCUGCCAGCUCAUGUCGCUGGGGCACAACGGGGCAGUCAGGCACAUCGUGCACUCGGGCACGGCGCCCGCCUUCCUCACGUGCAGCGACGACUACCGCGCGAGGUUCUGGUACCGGAGGAACACGCAUUAAAUUAUAAUAAUUUCAUCCUUGUAAAAUAAAAAUAUUUUUUUGUAAAAGUAAAAUAUAUUUCAAUUUCAUACUUCUCAUAAAAAAAAUCGAAACAAUUGCAAGUACUGUUCAAACGGACUGUUUCGAUUUUUUUUUUAUGAGAAGUGUAUUUUAUGAUUAAUAAAAAAUGUUUAAACAUUUUAGCUAUUUGAAAAUUGUUAAAAUUUUCGCCCCCAAUGGAUAUACGACGAAUUCUCUGGCGCCGUUGGUAAUGCUGUGGUUUUCAACAGAGGUCCUAACAAAUUUUACAAUUUCUAAAUUAGCUCUGGUCUAGUCUGGUGUAGUCAGAGGCAUCGUUCUGGCUAGGUAUCAACCUACCUCUAUAGACGUACCGCCAAACGAUAUUAGCUAUCCGGUAUUAUGCCGUGUAGCUAUUGGUAGAAUAAAGUUGUACAUCUUUCAAGUGAGCACGCGACCAUCUUAGACUGCUUGGUCACUUAAUAUCAUGUGAUAUCGAAUUUUAAAAUGCGAACUUGUCAAGGACGAGAAAAAACACACUAGUAGAUUUAUAAAACCUUAUUGACCUUGAAGUCGGUUAAAAAGGUUAGAAUUGUAUCUUUUAAAUAAGCAGAAGCUUAUAACCCAAUAUUUGGUUAAGGUUUAUUUUAUUAAACAACGUGGACUUUGAAAGUGUGUACUUGAAUGUGUGUAUGUGUGUGUGUAAUGAUCUGAAUUAAAUUGGUUUGGACACAUUUAUAAUGUCAAUACAUUUAUAAUUAAGGCAGUUUGGGUAAUACGAGAUAUUACGAAUGUGCCCCACUUUCUAUUUGGGGCAAUUUGGGAAUAAAUUUUUCUACAUUGUAUUUGUGUCAAUGAAUAAACGAGUUUAUGAAUA